AUGGCCGACAGUGCCCGUAAUCCCACUUCCUUCGCGGAUGCCAACGGUUCCACCGCCACAGACUCCUUCAAGGACAAUGUUUCAUCCGCCUACAGCUCUGUCACUAAUGGCCCAGUUGCUCAGAAUGCCAAGGAUCAGCAUGCGAAGACCACAGCCGAGCUCUCCAACCUCGCCGCUGCCCGCAAGACUCCUCCCAACCCUGCUGCCACCGGCCAGCCGUUGACACACUACCACUCGUUCUUUUCGGAACUUCUUUCGUGGAACAACCCUCGUGCCUCUGCCAUCGCCUAUGCUUCCAUCGUCGCCGCCAUCUUUGCGGUCCGGUACCUGGACGUUCUUCGAUGGGGUUUCAAGCUUACCUGGAUGGUACUGGGUAUCACCAUCGCUGCCGAGGUCCUUGGGAAGACACUCCUGAACAACGGCCUCGCCACCCAGCUCCGUCCCCGAAAGUAUUACACCGUGCCGAGAGACACCCUCGAUGCCCUCAUUGGCGAUGUCCAUGAGCUUAUCAACUUUUUCGUCAUCGAGUCCCAGCGGAUUCUAUUCGCCGAGAACGUCUCUGCUUCUGCUGCUGCUUUCCUGGGGGCCUUCAUUUCGUACUUCCUCGUCAAGAUUGUGCCGUACUGGGGCCUUGCUCUGAUCGGCGCGACGACUGUCUUCUUUGUGCCUCUUGUCUACGCCUCCAACCAGGAGUUUAUCGACAACCACCUCAAGCAAGCUGGCGAUAUCGUCAACUCCCAGGCUGCUCAGAUCCGCGAGGUUGCCCAGAAGCAUACCUCCCAGGCUACCCAGAUCACCAAGCAGUACAUGGGUGACUACACGGCCAAGGCUCAACAGAUGGUCCGGGGACGCUCUACCUCCCCCGAGAUCGCCGCGAAGCCCGCCGCCAAGCAGUACUCGACUACCGAUUUCCCGGCCGCUCCCAAGAAGGACUUCAAGACCGAGCAAGCUGAGACCUUCAAGUCCGAGUCGGAGCCUCUCAUUGAGCCUCUGUCGGAGCCUCUGAUUGCGUCUUAA